AUAAAAUCAUAUUUUUAAUUUAUGGAUAUUUUAUUGUACUAAUGUACUCUUUCGUUCUACAAUUUUUAACUAAUUUCAAAAAAAUCCCCUCUCCUUUGUUUUGUUUGACAGUUGACAGUUGACAUUGACAUUUUCACUCUUCCCUUCUGUUCUUAAAAAAUAUUGCGAUAAAAAGCAUUUAACCAAAGUAUUUCGUAUUGUUUUUUAGUUUUUACCGCAAAAUUCAUCGACUCUCAGCAUACCAAUUGCAAUUUAACGAGUGUCUAAUUAUCAGCGAACAAAACAUUCGCUUCCGGUAUGUGAGUUAUGAUAUCAAACAGUUCAUCUUACAAACUCAGGGCCUCCAAAAGCUCUCGAGAGGUGCACGAAUACGAAUAUGGCAAUUCGGACGACAAUUUCGACAACGUCGUGGACGACGAUCUGAAAGGGGCCUCGUUCUUGAAGGAUUCCAGGAACAAGGGGGCCGUAAGCAGGACCAGACCCACCGAAUUCAGGUCUAGCAAAAUCAGCGAUCGAAGAGGAGGAUCGAGAAACAGGGGAGUAUCCAGCCGCAGAGGCGAUAGAGAAUAUUCCGACAAUUUCUACAACAUCAGGAAAUAUGACGCGAGAAAUCCAGAUUUACUCGGAGCUAGAGGUAAAUGCUACGAACCCGACAAAAAAACCGAGAUCAAACUAAACCUGCCGGAAGACACAAGGAUAUCGAAAUUGCUCAGGCGACUGAACAUCGAAACCGAUCAAGACAACUCUCUUGCCAUAUCGAAGAAGCUCCUCCAAGUGCUGUUGCUCUCCGACAAUGCCCACUACGUGCGCAAGGCCUUCCACAUACUCGGCGAGUCCAUGGUGGAGAUCCUGCAAGUCUCGCCGGGCCCCAUGGCGAAGCGACAAGCCGCCAGGGCGCUGGGCCGCAUGGGUUACAUAAUGGGACAGGAGAACGAUUUCGAUCGUUACCAACACUGGUUGUUCAACAAAAUGGCGGGCACGUUCGAGGAAAUGCAAAUAUUGCUGAUGAAGAGCCUCGAGGAGACUUUGGCGUUCGAGGAGAAGAAGCCCGUGCUGCAGAGCCACGUGGAGAAUCUUAUUAACAAUCUGGUAGCUGCGAUCGAAUCGACGGAGAACGCUCAAGUGUUCAAAGCCGUGCUGGAAGUGUUGGUUACCGUCGUGGAGAUGUACCAAUCGGAAUUCUACGAUCAAUUUAGAGAUACUAUAGACUUGUUGUUUGGCUGGCAUGUAGAUCACACACAACCCUUGAGCAACAUCGAAUUCAUUUCGAAGUGUCUGCAGAGGAUUUCGCAUCAUUUCAAGUACUAUUCGGAGUUCUCCGUUCAGCUUAUCGAGAACUUUCUGGAAGAUAUAGGAAAUUACUCGGCUCAAUUGAAAGAGACCGGCGACAUGAGCACGUUAGAUCACGUAACCGUAUUAAUAUUGGCUAUGAAUACGGUUUUAAAAUGUUUGGACAAGUCGUUUCAUCCAGCUACUAAUAAGUAUGUUACAGUCGAUUUAGUAACGACUGCUUUAACGAGAAUUAUCAAAACCGUAUCCGAAAGUCUGGAAUUGUACGUUCCGGAUAAUUUAACGAUAGCCGGUAAUGAUUGCAUAGGAUUAUUGCUCGGUUAUCUCGAGACGAAAAGCCAGUUAAUGUGCAAUCAAAUUUACACGUUAAUCGAUUUGGAACUAUCUAUGUUGAUGGAAUUAUCCGAUGCGACGAUCAUCUCAUUGCUAAUUUUAGUAUCGAAAGUAGUUAAGGAAUUAUCGGCGAAUCUCCCGAUAGAAUUGAUAGAAAAAUUAAUCGGCCCCGACUCGGAGAUUGUCAAAUUGCGAUAUUCUCCGUUCGAUAACAUCCAAGAAGCCGUCAUAUGCGUGUACCAAGCACUGUUGAAUCUGAAGAACGUUUCGCUUCUACAGGAAGCUUACAGAUACGUUUUGGGCGAUUUGGAAGUGGUUUACAAGCAAUUGGUGCCCUCGAUAAGUCCUUUUACUCAGAACAAUCCGUUUUUAACUUACAAUGGUAAAGAUCCCGAACAAACUACGCUGUUCCUUCUGAGAUGUUUGUCGCAAUUGGCCAACGCCAGCUCGAUUAUCGUAAUGUGGGCUCUUAAACCGAGCAUUUUGGAGUUAGUGGGUGUUUAUAUGACUCCGUACGAUAGCGUUUUAUUCAAAACGGCCCCUUCGUUGCAGUACUGCAUGUUGUAUUUGUUGUUUUCGCAUUGCAAAUGUUACAAUCAUUUUAUAUCGAACAGUAGUUUGGUUAAUAAAACGCAAGAGGUCACCAACAUCAUGAAUAGAUUCGCUUUAACAGAGGGUUUGAACUCGAACGAUGUACCGAACAAAUCCCCGAAUUCCGGAAAUUUCGCAAUCAUUUUAGACAUCAUUUACAACGCUCUAUCAACGGAAACCUCCACCGAUAUUUUACUGUUGCUCUUGCAAUGGCUCAACGACGUUCUGAUCAACUCGGAGAUAUACUUAGAGAGCCUGUACGUUGACGAGAAGUUCUCCAAAAUGGUGGACGCUUUGGUGUGUUGCGGCUACAGUUUCAACGAUAACAUCAUCCUAGCCGUGUACGAAAAUCUCGACAAGCUCCUAUCGAACAAACAACUAUCCUGGUCGAAUAACUUCCUAUCGAACAUCAGCGAUUUGUGCAAGCUACACAUGAAUUCCAACAAACCGAUCGUUCGCGACUCCUACUCGAAGCUAUCAUCGAACGUACCGUGGGAUGUAGCCGUCGUAGAACUGAACAAAAUGAACUCGAUAUAUUCGAUGAAGCAGAAGAGCACGCACCUCAAAGAAUACAACAACUACACGACCUACCUGGCCCGGCAUUUGCACCUCAACGGCACCGUCGAAGGCGAAAUGUACCCGUUGCAUUUCAAAACGCUGAUGCGGUUCCUGCUGCACGACGAAACGCCGCCGCCGGCGAAUUGGAUGGAGGAGAUUUUCACUAGCUGCUGGGCCGUCGAGUCCGAGGCCCCGAUGAACACCGAGGUCUACUUCGAGCUGGUCGUCAACAAUCGCCGCGUCCUCGACGAUUGGAUGGCCGCCGAGGCGGCCGAGUUUUGCGUCAAUUACAAAUUGAGAACGCCGCUGGGCAAGCCCAACGAGACGUUCACGAAAAUCGAAUGCACCCUCAACAGCUUGGGGAACGAGUUGAUCGCUUUGAAGAAGGGCAUCGAUAAAGUACCGGAUAGUGCAUCGAGUUCGAGCGACGGUAAUAGAGUGAAAUUGCUGCUUAGAUUCGUGGAGAAUUUGGAGAAAUCGAUUUACAACGCGUCGGAGGGUUGCGCUUUGGCGAUGCCGGCUCCAUCGAAGGUGGUGAAAUCGUUCUUCGUGGCGAACACGAAGUCCUGUCACGAGUGGUUCUGUCGCAUUCGCAUCGUGCUGAUGCACAUUGCGUUGCACUGCGGCGAGGUGAACAUAGCCCUGCGGAACGGUUUGUGCUAUUUGAAGGAUUUCGUGGAGGCGAAUCGAGCGAACGAUCAGGAAUUGGAGAGGGUCGCUAUGAUUGUCACGUUGGCUAUGCUGCAUCUGAAGGAACCCGAAGCUUUGUACGGAUUGUACACUUGGUGUAAAACAGUAGUGGGGAAGCGCUUUAACUGGAUGAAAUGCGCCGCCGAGCAAUGCUCGAAGAAAUACGAAAUAGCCGUGGAAGGUUACAAAAAAAUCCUGCAGGAGAAUUCCGACGAUGACACUAAAUUAGAUAGCGACGUGCACAAUUUUAUAAUCGAUCAAAUAAUCGUGUGUUACAAGGAAAUGAGCAAUUGGAUCGAUUUGUUCGAAUGGCACACCGCCCAAGGUUCCCUAGAAAACGGUAGGAAAUAUUGGUUCAACGUGACCGAUUGGGAUACGAACAAGACUUUGUUCGAUAUCGAAUCGAAAAAUCACGCCUUCGACGAACUGGCCACUUGGAGUUUCAAACGCAAAGAAUCCUGGAGCAUCUACGAAAACGUCUGCAACAUUGAAAGUAAUUUGUAUAACGUAGCCGUGAAGUUGGCGUCCGGUAAGGAGCAGAACUGCGUCGAGGAAAUCGACGAUAUGCUGGUAACCAUCCGAAACAACAUCGAAAACCAUUUACACUUGGCCCCUUCCGAUACUCUGCAGAACUUCUCCCUACUCCAUUACGUGGUGAACGGAUUGAAGCACGUAGCAGAAGGAAAUCCCGCUCAUACGGUAUUCCUGGUAUCCGAAUCGUUCGAAACGGAAAUACAGAAAAUCGAUUCGUCCAUUCUCAGGAAAAUCCUUUGGUGGUCGGAAUACUUCGGUAAAGUCCAGAACCAAGGCUUCAACGCCUUCUGCAGCAACCUGCGAUUGGACAUCAUCAAACGCUCUCGAAAGGAGAAGAACUUCAAACUGGCCGUCACUCAAAUCAACAAGUUCUUCAUCGACAAAGACAUAGCCAUUUUGGACGGCGAUAACACCAAAGAAAUAGCCUCGAAUUUCCUACGAAAAAUACCCGAUAUAAACAUUUGGAGUAUAGAUGUAGCUAGGGCUGUUUGCGAAGCUAUAAAAUUAUCUUACUCGUACGAGCAAAACCACCAACAAACGUUCAAUUUAUGCGCCGCCGCCUCCACCGCCAUCUCGAAGUACGCCGAGCUGUUCGGCGGCAACGAGCUCAGAAAAAUCAGCAGCAAAAUACUGCUGAAGCUGUCGAAUUGGCUGCAAACCAACGACAACGUUUCCCUAACCGAAAUGAACAGCCCGCUGGGCAAAUUGAUCUUGGUGCUGCCCGAAAUCGGCAUGCUCGACUCCGCCACCUCCAACAUAAUCCCCUUAAACGAGGUGGCCAUCGGUAAAUUGCUCCAGUUCAGCGUCCACCACUACGGUUCGCUGGCGAAGAGCUGGAACGCGUUCGGUACGUGGUGCUACCGAUGGGGCAAGAAAAUCGUCGACAACAGCUCGGACAUCAAGAACAACUUGAGCGACGAGCAUUGCUCGGAGAUCAAGAAACUGCUGCCGCCCGAAACGUCCGAGGAAGAUUUAACCAAAAUCUUCCUCAUAUUGUCGCAAACGCGCAACAUCAUCGACGAGGAGGACAUCGAUUCGAACGAGAUCAAAACGUCCGAAAUGAUCCAAUCGCAGCUGCGCGACGUCGGCGUGAUGGAAAACCAAUUCCAGAGCCUGCUGCAAAUAUGGAAGAGCACGCAAAAGCGAGCCUACCACUACUACGCCCUCAGCGCCGAAGCGUACUUCAAGUACCUGCAGCUGGUGCUCCAAUCGGAGAACGUAUCGAACAACACCGAAUGCAACACCAUAACUGUAACACUACGCCUGCUGCGGCUGAUCGUGAAGUACGCCUUGGAGCUGCAAAACAUCCUCGAAGAGGGCCUCCAAACCACGCCGACGCACCCGUGGAAGGUCAUCAUACCGCAGCUGUUCUCGCGGCUGAACCAUCCCGAGUCGUACGUGCGGCUGCGCGUCUCCGAUCUGUUGUGCCGCGUCGCCGAGGACGCGCCCCAUCUGAUCACCUUUCCGGCGGUGGUGGGCGCGCUGGAGGGCGGCCUCAAGUUCGACUUCUCCGAGAUCACCUUGCCCAAGGACUGUCUGUCGCAGAACAACGACGCCGGCGACGAGAUCGAGCUCAACGAAGAGGACGACAACUACGACAGCGACGACAACGAGGAGCCGGUGGCCAACAACAGCUUGCAGAUUUGCUUCAAAACCAUGGUGGAUACGUUGAGUAAACAGGACCCGGAGACUAUUACGCAGGUGCAAACGUUGGUGAAGGAGUUGCGGAGGAUCACGUUGCUUUGGGACGAGCUGUGGUUGGGCACGUUGGCCCAGCACCAGUCCGAGAUCAACAAGAGACAACAGCAGUUGGACUACGAGAUCGAAAAGGUGAACGAAAACGGGAGUUUGGACAAGGCGGAGAAGGCGUCGUUGAUCGUGGAGAAACACCGGAUAAUCAUCAAACCGAUCGUGUUCGUGUUGGAGCAAUUGCUCGAGGUGACCAGCGUGGAGGCGGAGACGCCGCACGAGAGACAAUUCCAAGAGAGGUAUUUGGAGGAGAUCGAAGGCGUUAUAAAGAAAUUGAAGCAUCCCGAACGGCCGGAGAAUCCGCAGGAGUCCCUGUUGCCGCUGAAACAGCUGCAAAAGAAGUUCCAACAGAAGUUCCACAAACGGGCCUCGUACUCGUUGAAAAUGCAAGACAUCAGCCCGGUGCUUCACAAUUUGAAAGACAGUCUAAUAUCCAUGCCCGGACUGGCGUCGAUAGCGAAGAAAAACGUCACCAUCUCGCACGUGUCCAACGUAGUGUCAAUUUUACCCACCAAAACCAAACCCAAGAAACUGGUGUUUUACGGCUCCGACGGACAAACCUACACCUACCUAUUCAAAGGUCUGGAGGACCUGCAUUUGGACGAGAGGAUUAUGCAAUUCUUGAGCAUCGCCAACACCAUGAUGGCCCAAAUCGCCGAUCCGUCGGGCUCGAACUUCUACAAAGCCCGGCAUUACUCCGUCAUACCGCUCGGUCCCCGGUCGGGUUUGAUAUCCUGGGUGGACGGCACCACGCCGGUGUUCGCCCUGUACAAGCGCUGGCAACAGCGCGAAGCCUCCAAACCGAAUUCGAAGAAUUCCAGCUCGGCCGUGCUCAGACCCUCCGAGUUGUUCUACAACAAACUCAACCCGCUGUUGCAGGAGCACGGCGUCAAGAACGCGGACAAUCGCAAGGAAUGGCCGCUGGUCGUGCUGAAACAGGUGCUCGGCGAGCUGAUGGGCGAGACGCCGGGCGAUCUGCUGUCGAGGGAGUUUUGGUGCAACGCCGUCAGUCCGGAUCUGUGGUGGCAGGUGAUCAAGCGGUACUCGUAUUCGAUAGCGGUGAUGAGCAUCAUCGGGUACAUCAUCGGAUUGGGCGACAGGCAUUUGGACAACGUGCUGGUGGAUUUGACCAGCGGCGACGUGGUGCACAUCGAUUAUAACGUGUGUUUCGAGAAGGGGAAGACGCUGCGCGUGCCGGAGAAGGUGCCGUUCAGGCUGACGCCCAACAUCAAGGAUGCCUUGGGCGUUACCGGGGUCGAGGGAAUAUUCCGCCUGGCCAGCGAGAACGUGUUGAAGGUGAUGAGAAAAGGUCGAGAGACUCUUUUAACGCUAUUAGAGGCCUUCGUUUACGAUCCUCUCAUCGAUUGGACCGUCGGAGGCGAAGCCUUAGCCGGUACCACCUUCGGCUCGUUAACGACCGACACGAAUUCCAAACGGAGCAAAAAGGAACUGGAAAAGGAAGUCACCUUAUCCAUGUUCAACGUCCGAUGCACCGAAAUGCGAGCCGAAUGGAACGAAAACAAGGAGGAAAUCCUCAACGAAAUACCGAAUUUAGUAGACAAACUAAUGGACUACCUGAAGCUGAUCGAGAAAAUAGCCGAUGCCGAAGACAAGCUGCAGGAUCUCCACCAGCAACUAGCGUUGAUCAAAGAAGCCGAAGCCCAAGGGGCGCACAACCAUCCUUUGUACUCGCUGCCGUCGCAUUUCGACGCCUACCACAAGUCGCAGGCGUCGCUGAUCGGCGCCAAAACCGAAUUAACCAGCAUCAUCAGCGAAUACGAAGAGCACGCCGCUGUUUACGCCAAUCUGAUAGCCAUGCACGAGAGCCAGCAGUUCUCCCAACUGCUGGUAGACAUCAAAGUGGUGACGGACGAGGACGCCAUGAGGAUAUUCGAUUUGGUGAAGGAAUUCCUGCACAACGCCGGCAAAAACGACGUCAUCACGCAAUGCGAGCAAUCCGAAAAAGAAGUGUUCCGGUUGCUGCAACACUUGAACUUAUCCGUGCGAAAGUGCCUGCAAAUCUACCAAGAUUACUUCACCAUUCUAACGCAAUGUCCUAGGUCAUUUUUGAACUCGCACAGGAUCUACUUGUACAUAAAAUGGUGUAAGUUCCUUUUGGAAAACAACAAUUACCUGACCUGCGACAUUAUCUACAAACAGUACCGCGAAUUCGUGGAAUCCUCCGCGAUAAUCCACCCGCAAAUCCUGGCGGUCGCCAUCAACCUGGAGAAUUUGUACAAAGAAAACGUCCUGCAAGUCAACAAACUCUACGGCGAUUUGGAGAACCACCACGCCAAAGAAUCCGGCGAGACCUUGGAGAAGAUCUACGGCAACGCCAAGGCGGGUUUGCGCACGUUCAUCGCGCUCGAAAAGGGCGCGACGAGCGCCUUGGAGUUCGUCAUCGCCAGCGAGCUGGUGUUGCUCAACAGGAACCUCCUUACGCUGGAGAUAGCCGCCCAAAGCAGCGGCGAUUGGCUGAUCAAGCUCACCUACCGCAACGGCGAUUGGUUCCUGGACGAUUUGCUGUUGCACAGCACCAGGGCCGUGGAGAUGAUCAACAAUCUGCCGGCGCCCAAGCACAACUACGACGACAACUUCGUCAAGAUCCUCAACGGCAUCAAGAUCGCCACGAACGUGUACAAAGGUUUGUACGAUUUGAAUUACAACUUCCACACGAUCAUACUGCCGGAGACGAUGAAGAAGAUCCAAGCGGAGGAGCCGUCGGUUAUCGAAAUGGUGAAGGAUUUGAACGCCAUCGUCCAGGACAUCGGCCUCACCAUACCCGAUAUGAUCGGACAAUUGGAGAAGCUGCUGACGUGCGUUCUGAUGCAAAUGGACUGCGGGGAUUCGUUCGACUACGUCUUGGAGAAGGUGUCGUACACGAAGAAGCAGUUCUUAUCUCUCAUACCCAACCAGCCGGAGACCUUAACGCAAGGCAAGAUGCUGCUAAUGGGCUUCAACGGUUUGUUCGAGAAGCUAUCGCAAGAAAUCUACAAUCUCACCAACACUUUAGGCUACCUGGACGUUCCGAAAUCGUGGAAGAGAUUAGACCACGUCAAGGAAGCGAAGAACAUAGCGCCGCACAUAUUCAACGUGCGCGUGCGCCAGCUGUUGGAGGACAUAUUCUUCUUGAAGCGAUUGAAGGCCAUCGCGGAGUUCUUCGGUUUGGUGCAGGAGAUGUGCCAGUCGCUGAAAGGCUUGGGCACCGGCAUGAUAUUCAACGACGAGCAACUCACCAAGCCGGUGAAGCAAUUCAUAGCGGAGUUCAUAGCGCGCCAGCUGCUCGGCAUCCUGCCGGAGAUCGUGACGUACGCGGUGUGCUUCAUCCUGCAGCACUUGGGCUUGGACGUGACGCGCGAGAUCGAGCAGAAGGACAUCGGCGCCGAGAACAAAGUGCCGUUGGACGAGCUGUACUCGAAGGCUUGGAACAUCCUGCUGAAGGACGGGAAAUUCUCGCAGAACAUCCUCUCGCAGGCGUCCAGCCUCGAGGCGAACGUGAAGAUGGCUUGGGAGAAGAUACAGGAGCCGAAGAAGAUCGAGCAGAAGCUCACCAUAUUCCAAUCGAGCACGCUGAGAAUACAAGGGCUGCUGGCCGUGCACCAUAUGAUGUUCGAUGAAAUGCUGCAGUAUUCGUCGGUGAGGGCCAAGUUUACGCACGAUAUACAAAACGAAAUCGGCAAUUUGCAGAACGUGUACAGGCAAUUGAUUGACGCGAAAAACGAGCAGGAGAAAUUGAUCGACAAAGCGGAUCAACGGUUGAAAUGGGCUAAAGGAGCCAAUCCUAAUGUCGGUGAGAUAUCGGCAGCGUUCGAAAGUGCUGUAGAAAAUCGAACAGCCCAGUUAGAUUUAGGUCUCAAAACAGCCAAUCAUAUAUUAUCAUCUUACGGUAUUCUAUUAAAACACGAAUUGUUGAGAUCUAAUUCCUCCGAAGUCACCGCGGAGCACAACAAACGGUUUUUGAAAGCCUUCGAAACGUGGCGAUUGGCCUGCCAAUACACCGACUCGAAAAUCGAGUCGCUCCUACCCACCGAAGAAAGCAUACUAAAAAUGCUAACGCCCGAACUGGUAAACGAUCCCAAAUGGUUGCAAAAAGUCUCCGAAACCCUCACCGAGACCAUCACCGAAGCCCAAAAGGAGCUCAAAGACAGCCGAGACACCGGCUUCAGGGACAACGACAGCCUGACGUGUAUCAUGGACAACUUCAAAGCCGUCUACAACGUCCACGGCAAGCUGAUAUCCGACAUCAAAGGCCUGAUCAAAAUCAUGACGAAAAUCGACGAGUACGGCGCCGCGACGCAGUCCUUCGUGCAGGAGUACAAGCGCUACGUCGAUCACUUCCAAUCGUUGUUCGCCAACUUCAAGAAGGAGCUCGACGGCGGCGAGAUCGACCAGCUGUUGGGCCAUUUGCGCUACAUCCGCGACCACACGGCGUCGAUCUACGACGGUCUGCUCGACUUGGAAUCGGCGCCGAAGCGGCCGCCGCCGCCGCCCGGCCGCCAACGCCACGCCGGCGACGGCCCGGAUCGCUCCAUACCGCACAAGCCGGAGAACGCCAAGGGGCAGCAGCGCAACGCCUACGCCGUCAACGUGUGGCGGCGCGUCAAGAUGAAAUUGGAGGGACGGGAUCCGGAUUCGGGCAGAAAGAGCACUGUUCAAGAACAGGUCGAAUACGUAAUCCACGAGGCGACGAAUUUGGAUAACCUGGCUUUAUUGUACGAAGGCUGGACUCCGUGGGUGUGAAGAGCGACAACAGAGGAAAGGCAGUAGCCCCUGCCGCCUGGAUCUCCUUCGGUUCUACUAGCAGAACUGCGCGCACGAGGUGCGGCAAAAAAAAAACAUGUGGAAAAGGCAGCAUCUCCAUCUAGUUAAUUACUUGCUUGACCGGAUCAAGUCGCUUAGUUUUAUUGUUCUUGCAAGAAGUUUGAUUGGAAAUUCCGAAACCAAAACAAACAAACAAAAAAAAUACGUAUGCAAAAUUGGGAAAUUAUCAAAAUCGAAAAAAAAAAAUCUACAAAUGGAUUUUGCAAAGCCAGUAAAACUUUGCUGUUUGGAACUUAGCAAAGUCUUUAAAUAAAUGCUGCUUUUUAUUUUGUUGUCCAAGGUAUUGUCAGAGUUGGCAAAAAUAAAAUAAAAAAAAUCAAAUAAUACUUCUGUCGUGGUGACGGAAAAAAGUGUCAAAAUGAAGUUUAUUUAAAACAAAAGGUAAUCUUUCACUUUCUACAAAAUAUUAUUUUGGGUUUAUUACUUAUCUUUCAUCUUACCUUUCUCUUUGCUUCUAAAGUCUCUAUCUUUUGAUUUAUUGUUUUAUGUAAUUUUGAUUAUUCUAUUUGGUCUGUACUAUGAUUACUAUAAGAUACCC